AUGGAACGCGUUCGCAAAGCAUUAGGCCGUCAACACUCAUCCACAUCAACAUCAGAAUACGAGCCCCUGACCGGUACUGAGGAAGCCACUCCUCUAGAAGGCUCAACAGUACUCGAGGGCCAACAUGAGUUGCCGUUCUCGUGGAUAGAAUAUGGUAUCUUUGCCCUCCUGGGUGUCGCUAUGCUCUGGGCCUGGAAUAUGUUCCUUGCUGCAGCUCCAUACUUCACAGCUCGCUUUGCCGGCGAUGCUUGGAUUCAGUCUCACUUUCAGUCUGCGAUAUUGACCGUCUCUACUGUUACCAACCUCGGCGCAAUGCUUGUUCUCACUAGUAUACAGUACUCAGCAUCGUACCCUUUUCGAAUCAACCUGGCACUUGUUAUCAAUGUUUUCACUUUCGGUCUCUUGACUGCAUCUACCGUCUUCGGACUAAGCGCUUCCCCAACUCUAUAUCUCGUGUUUCUGCUUGCUACAGUCGCGGCUGCUGCCUGGGCAGCUGGUCUCAUUCAGAAUGGAGCAUUUGCUUUCGCAGCCAGUUUCGGACGCCCAGAAUAUAUGCAAGCCAUCAUGGCUGGACAGGGUAUUGCCGGCGUCCUGCCCCCGAUCGCGCAAGUUUUUACUGUGCUUGCCUUCCCCCCCGAGAAGGACCAGAACACUUCUAUCAAAGAGCCAUCCCCUGAGGAUGGACAGACAUCAGCUUUCGUCUAUUUCCUCACCGCCGUAGUCGUGUCAGUUGCUGCUCUGCUGUCCUUCGUCCCGCUGGUUCGCCGCCAUAACCAUAUCAUCGAGAAUCGCAUGGUUGAGCAAAUGAACGAGUCCAUGCACAGCAUUGAAGAGGCCGAACGUGCCGCUCGCAAGGUCACAUCGCUUUGGAGGCUCUUCACUAAACUUCACUGGCUUGCUAUUGGUGUUGCCCUCACUUUCAUUGCAACAAUGUUCAUGCCCGUUUUCACUGCCAAGAUCCAUUCCGUGAAAGAAAACUCCGGUGCUCUCUACCAGCCUUCCGCCUUUAUUCCUCUUGGGUUCUUCUUUUGGAAUUUGGGUGACUUGAGUGGUCGGGUGGCCACGAUAUUACCUUUCACCCUACGGCACCGCCCCUUUGCUCUCUUUGUUCUCUCUAUUGUCCGUUUUGGUAUACUCCCGCUAUAUUUACUCUGUAAUAUUGACGGACGGGGGGCCAUUAUUUCCAGCGAUUUCUUUUAUCUCUUCAUUGUCCAGUUGAUAUUUGGUCUCACCAACGGCUGGCUUGGUUCUAGUUUCAUGAUGGCAUCGGGCGAGUGGGUAGAUGAAGGUGAGCGUGAAGCUGCUGGCGGCUUCAUGGGGUUGUGUCUAGUGGCUGGAUUGUCCAUUGGCAGCCUUUUGAGUUUCAGCGCAGCUGGUGUCUAA